UAUGCUCACCGUUAUGCUGCAACUCUCGCAGCAAGUUUCAACCCCUAUUUCUCUCACUCGCUCUCUCUCUCGGGUGCGAUACGCACCCCUGGUGAGUGGGGUUUUGUGGCAAAAGGUUGCGCAUUCGCUCACAUACGGUAAGCGUUGGUCCGCCGGGCAAGUAGCAACGAGCAACGAACAGCUGCGAGCGAUAACACGCCUGGUGUGGCUAUCGAUUUGGCGCGCUUUGUGUUGAUACGUGAUUUGCGAAUAAGUGAUAGAGCCAUUGUCCCGGCUGGAAAUGAUAAAACCAAACGUUUAACAAUUAAACUGCUCUGUAGGAAGUAGAAGGUAUUCGGAAGGAAGUGUUUUGUGCGUGAAGGGAAAGUUUAAAAUUCAAAUGAUUGUGUCCGUUGCUGUACGGUGAACUUUUGCAUUAGGAACCCACAUCUGGCGAAGAACAAAUUCACGUUCCAUUACACUAUGGGCCAGGAACAGGAUCUCGGUGAGGUCGAUAUGGAGGAGCAACGGAAAGACAUCGAACCACAGCAGGGUGAUGAAUCUCCUGUCCAGCUAAAGAACGGUACAGCUAAACUGACCGUUCAGUCCACCGGCGAUCUUAAACAAACCAUUCUCGAUGGGCUGGAGAAAAAAGGUGAUCGUGGUCUGUGGCUUUGGGCAUUGUUCAUCCUGUGCCUAACGCCCAACAUUCUGAAUGGAUUCCACGUGUCGUCCUACGUGUUUCUGGGUCAGUUGCCGAACAACUACUACUGCAUGGUUCCCGAGCUGCUGCAGGCCGGCUGGAGCCACGAGGAAAUACGCAACAUAACCUCACCAACUGGCAGCACCAGAAACGGUACCUGUACGAUCUACACCUGGAACUAUGGACAGCUGAGCGAGCUGAACUACAACGAUGCACUCAGCUACACCCAGUCCCAUCCACCACCAGCCGAGGUGAACUGUCUCGCCACGGGACGUACCGGUGCUAGUUGGCACAUGUACUACGAUCAACCGGAAGGUGUAUCGAUCGUACCGGAAUGGGAUCUACUGUGUGAGCGGACCGCACUACGCUCCACGGUACAGGUGGCACUAUCGAUUGGCAAGUUUGUCGGUGCAUCGAGCUUCGGUGUCAUCUCGGACAAGUACGGUCGCAAGACGAGCUUCUCGAUCGCCGCCACACUCUACAUCGUGGCCGGACUGUUGACGACCUUUUCACCAUUCUACGCACUGUUGCUGCUCGGUCGCAUUGGACUGGGUGCAUCGGCUUCCGGUGUAUUUUAUCCAGCAUUUGCACUACUAACGGAAAACAUUGGCAAACGCCACCGAUCGUGGAUGAGCAUAGCGUUUAACUUUUCCUAUCCGCUCGGUAUGCUGUGUCUUGCGCUGGCCGCGUACCUUAUCAAACCGUGGCGAGAUCUUUCACUCGCAUUGACUGUACCAUCCUUUCUGCUCGUAAUACACCUCUACUUCCUCGUGGAAUCUCCACGAUGGUUACUGAGCAAAGGUCGCGAACGGAAAGCAUACCGAAUGGUAUUUGGACACAGUGCUCCACAGGAGCUGAUCGAUAGCGCAACGGUGGCGGAGAAGAAUCAAGGUGCAGAUGCUGACUCUGAACCGGCAGCCGUACCAUUCAGCACGAAGCUAAAGCAAUCGUUUAGCGAAUUUACAAAGCUUUACGGAACGCCAGUACUGUGCCAACGUGCGCUUAUUUGUCACUUUACUUGGUGCAUCACGUCGCUCUGCUAUUACGUGACAGCUCUGAACGCGGACAACUUUGCAGCUAAUCGAAAUGUGUACGUUGCCACUACCGGGUCGGUAGACAUCGUGGCUUACAUUCUAUCGAUGAUCGUACUAGCGUACUUUGGACGCCGUAGUUCAUCGUUUUGCUUUUUCCUGUAUGCGGGCGUUUGUCUGCUGGUUGUGCUAGCCUUCCCACAGGACAAUACGACGCUGCUAGUGACGUUUGCCAUGCUGGGUCGUGUUGGUAUCACUGCCGUGUACGCUAUCGUGACCCUGCAUACGGCCGAACUCUUCCCAACAGAGAUCCGCAAUACGGCGCUAGGCAUUUGUUCGACCAUGGCGCAUGUUGGAUCGAUCGCUGCACCGUACAUUACGGAUCUGCUCGGUCGCCUUGCCUGGUGGAUACCGACCACGAUAUGUGGCUGUGCUGUGUUGCUGGCCGGUGCACUAACAUUGCUACAUCCGGAAACGCGCGACGCCGCACUAAAGGAUCAUGCACAGCAGGAACAGCACGUCCGUCAUACCGUCGAUGUGGAAGAGAUGCACGAGAAGGAUGAAAAAUCAAGUACGGAUAACUAAUGGAA